AUGCAUGCUUUGCCAGUGCCGGAGAAUUCCGAGGUUUCGGGAAGUGACUGUGCGAUCUGCCAGUGUGCGCUACAAGGGAGCAUGAAGAAGAUGCCUUGCUCACACGCCUUCCACGAGAACUGUUUGUUUGAAUGGCUGCAAGUGCACAACACAUGCCCGUGCUGCCGGUGCGAGAUAGAAUCUUCCUGCCCGCUGUACAACCGGAUGAAUAGGGAGAAGAUCUCGGGAGAUGUUCGAGAAGAGGCGAUGAUUCCUCUUGAGGCUGUGCAGCAUUGCGAGAAGUCGGCUGUCUGA